UUGCGAUAUAGAACACGGAUCUCUUGCUCUAACUGUGUUCGAACUUCACCUCUCUCUUGCACGUGUCUGAAAACAGUUGUUAAAAAGAAAGUUCCUUAAAUUUUAACAUGAAAGUUGAAGUACUAGAAAAGUUUUGGAUUGACAAGUCCCGGUAUGAUAAUGCUGAGAAACAUUAUUAUGAAUACUUAAACAAAGUCUCGACGUCAAACAACUGUUCUAUAUUGGUAUCUGAAAUUGCCAAAGCUAGAGAGCAUAUCCAGAGUUCAUUGGAGAAGAUCGAUGGAAGUACUUUUGAAGCUUCUUCAACAUCAGAUAUAUUAAAAAGAAUUACUUCUUUGGAGAAUGAGAAUAAAGAUCUGAAACAAGCUGUUGAAAAAUAUGCCCAAUUGUACAAUAGUAUUGUAAGGCGAAUUGAGCAGCUGGAAAAUACUAAAGGUUCCAAUAAAGAUGAAAUCGAUUCGGAUAUCGACUUGUUCGGCUCAGAAUCAGAGGAAGAAAGCGCUGAUCAAAUUCGCAUAAGAGAAGAACGAUUAGCAAAAUAUUCUGAAAAAAAAGCCAAUAAAGCAGCAAUCAUUGCCAAAUCAAAUGUUAUCCUAGACGUAAAACCAUGGGAUGAUGAAGUAAAUUUGCAAAUAAUGGAAGCUAAGAUACGUACUAUCAAAUUAGAUGGAUUAUUGUGGGGAGCUUCGAAACUUCUUCCCGUAGCUUUUGGAAUACAGAAGCUAACAAUAUCCUGUGUUGUUGAGGAUGAACAAGUUUCUAUCGACUGGCUUAUUGAAGAGAUUGAAAAAAUUGAAGAAUUGGUACAAAGUGUCGAUAUUGCAUCGUUUAAUAAGAUUUAAAUUAUGAAGAUUGAAAUGUAUAAUAAAAUUUGAAGAGCUUGUAUGUGAAAGGAAAUAUUUUUU